CGUCAGUGAUCACUUCGGAAGCUAAAGUUCUCAUUGCAGUUGAGGCGAGACUGUCGUGCUGUGUUGUUGCUAUGGGCUCUUCAGCUUAGCGCCGGCAACUGUCAAGUGUGUAUAGUGACAUAAGUGCUUGUGUUUUUUUGUGGUGUGUGCGAGCAUUUAUAUUUUUUUUGUUUGUGUGUUGUGAUAUGGCGACGUGCUAUUCCACUUUCGAUCUUGGCCCACCUCCCACAGCGACUCGCCACUGUUCUCAGGCUCCUCACAAAGAUUAUAGCAGGCCACUGCACGUGGACUGCAGUGUGGAAUAUGAACUUCCAAAUCAAGCCAAACCGCCUGAUGGUGCCAGAAGUGAACCUUUACUGAUGAUCCACCCCUGUUACUACCGACGAGCCGAAAGCCAGCGGCGAAGUCCCUUCAUAAACAAUUUACCGACCCCACGCAACGUCGUGGCAACCUCGCGUCGAUCACAGGCAUCUCAGGUUCGGUUAGUUCCACAACAACAACAGCAACAACAACAACAACAACAACAACAACAGUACCAGGUACGGUAUCUGGAAACCGCGAGCCAACAACAACCCGCGUGGAAUCAGCAGCAUUUGGAACCUCCCCCGGUGUAUUCCAAACCCGCGGGUGGUAAACCAGGAAAACGGGAUCCUCUGCUAUGCGGUGGUGGUGAUUUUAGUUCAGGAUCGGACAGUGGAGUGAGCGCGGGACAUUGGACUGACUCCGAACGUAGUCCACUGGCUCCAGAACUCAGACUCCAGAGAGAUUUUCACAAUAAUAACAAUAAUCAACCCGGAGGUGGUACUGACAGCGGGAUUGCUACCCCAGUGUCCUUGGCAGACGACAAGACUGUACUAUCAGAACUGCUGGCAGCGACGUGCGGCGGUGGCGAGGUGAACAAUAAUGGCAACAGCAACACCAAAGAUAGGGGUGGCGGCCGUAGCUCCUGCCUGCACGUCCUGUCGGCCUGGUUUCAUGCAUCCACACACGUCACAGGCGUCAUACCAGCGCAUCCUACAGCAGCCGUGGGCAGCGGAAGCAAGCACCGAGGUGGUAGUGCCGUCAGAGCAGUGGAACCUGGUCCAGAGCACGCAGCAUCCUCGCUUCAUCACGUACACGUCCGGCGCUCGGUACCGUGGGCAAGGACCACGUCCACAGGGGCUGUGAAAAGGAGCCGAACCUGCCACGCGCCUCUCCCGAGCACCAACUCCUGGGUGGUUCAGCCUCAGUACCUGCCUACAGUGACACCCGUGGACAUGGCGUCUCGUACCGGCUGGAUUACCCAGCAACAGCAGCAGCAGGGAAACAGCAAGGACACUUGUGGAAGUGUUUGCAAGGCGUGUUGCCAUACGGCGGCCCCACCCGUUGCCGGAGACCCCCAGCAACAGCAGCAGCCCCCCCAAUGGGGCUCUUACUACGGUGUCACGGGUCAUUGCCGAGGAGCGAGUGAAGAUGGUUCCAGGAUCCUCUGGAACAAUGAAAAUAUGCUUCGACUCUUCCAAGUGUAG